AUGCCCAACCGCACCGCUGUGGCCGAGUUCCUGCUCCUGGGGUUCUCUGACGGCCGGGAGCUGCAGAUUCUGCACUUCGUGGUGUUACUAGGGAUUUACCUGGCAGCCUUGGUGGGGAACCUGCUUGUCCUCACAGCCAUAGCCCUCGACCGCCGGCUCCACACCCCCAUGUACUACUUCCUGGGGAACCUGUCCCUCCUCGACCUCGGCGCCAUCUCCGUCACCAUCCCCAAAGCCAUGGCCAACUCCCUCCGGGACACCCACUCCAUUUCCUACGCUGGCUGCGUCGCCCAAGUCUUUCUCGUCAUCUUCUUCGCUUCAGCAGAUUUCGCCCUACUCACCGUCAUGGCGUACGACCGGUACGUGGCCAUCUGCCAGCCCCUGCACUACGAGAGCGUGAUGAGCCAGAGAGCAUGUGUCCGCCUGGCCGCCGGCGCCUGGCUCAGUGGCGUUCUCUACUCUGCCCUGCACACGGGAGGCGCACUCGCCAUCUCCUUCUGCGGGGGCAACACGGUGGAGCAGUUCUUCUGUGAAAUCCCCCAGCUGCUCAAGCUGGCCUGCGCCGGCUCCGACCUCGUCGAAGUUGGGGUGAUUAUCUUUAGUGUGUGUUUAAUCCUAGUCUCCUUUGCCUGCAUGAUCGUGUCCUACGUGCAGAUCUUCAGAGCGGUGCUGAGAAUCCCCUCGGAGCAGGGCCGGCGCAAAGCCUUCUCCCCCUGCCUCCCCCACCUCGCCGUGGUCUCCUUGUUCAUUAGCAGCGGGGCCUUUGCCUACCUGAAACCCGCCUCCCGCUCCCCGGCGGGUCUGGAUCUGGUGGUGGCCAUUCUCUACACCGUGCUGCCACCGCUGAUGAACCCAGUCAUCUACAGCAUGAGGAACACGGAGCUCAAAGCUGCCCUGAGGAAAUGGAUCGGUUGGGCGUUACUCACUAAGAGUAAAAUGCCCCCCAUGUGUCUCCUUUGGUAG